AAUAAAGAUAUAAAUUGAAAGUACAGUUAAUGACCUCUUAUCCGAUAGUAGUUUCAUUUCAUAAACAAUAAUCAUAUUCCGAGUAUACGGUGCAUUAGGAAAAUGUAUAAAUAUACUCCUAUCUUAUCUUAUAUUCUUUGGCUAUAGAAAAAUCAGUUUAAAGUGUCAAAUGCAGGUCAUUCACUUCCUAAACAUUGAAAAGGACGUACGUGAAUACUCUUUAAACAAUAUUAUUUCAAAAAAUAACGUAUUAAAUGGAUACAACUGCUAACGAAGCCGCUCAAGUGGUAGCAUUAAUGGAAUCAGGGAUGCGUCAAUGUGAUGUUGCACGGCAACUAAACUUGAGCCGUUUUGCCGUUCGACGAGUUUUCCAACGUUAUCAAGAGACUGGUGGCUUUAUCCGGAGGCAUGGAUCAGGCCGACAUCGCUGCACAACGGACAGAGAUGAUCGUUUUAUUGUCUCGACGUCUUUGCGCAAUCGAUUUUCCAAUGCUGUAGAGCUUCAACAGCAACUCCGCGCAGCUCGCAGUACAACAGUAAGCACCUCUACAGUUAGGAGAAGGUUAGGAGAACAAAAAAUUGUGGCCCGCAGACCUGCUACCGGUCCGAAACUGACUGCACAGCACCGCAAAGAACGGUUACAUUUUGCCCGUGAACAUUUUAAUUGGACGCUUGACCAAUGGAANUAUGGAGGUGGAUCAUGCAUGUUCUGGGACGGCAUUUCCAUCGAUAGCAAGACCGAGCUUGUGUGCGUUUCCCGAACUAGUGGCGCUCGAGGACAAGGAUCGCUAACUUCUGAUCGAUACAUUACAGAGAUCUUAGAAGAGCAUGUGGUACCAUAUGCGGGUUUUGUUGGAGAUGGGUUUAUACUAAUGCACGACAAUGCUCGUUCCCACACCGCAUUAAUUGUAAAAAAUUAUACGGAAGAGGUUGGGAUCCCUGUUAUGAACUGGCCAGCGAGAAGUCCAGACCUAAACCCAAUUGAGCACCUCUGGGACGAAUUUAAACGAAGAGUGCGGUCACAUGAUCCUGCCCCAACAACCCUCCAAGAUCUUCAAUAUGCUGUUGUUGCGGAAUGGGUGAACAUUCCUCAAGAACGCAUCGUACGACUCAUAACUUCUAUGAAAGAUCGUAUGGAAGCAGUAAUUAAGGCAAGAGGAAGUAGCACUAGAUUUUAA